AUGGUCCAGGCGAGGUCAUGCAGCCCGUGCGCUAACAAAGGAACAGGGGUUCAGAGGGUGACCUGCUUCUCUGCGGGGUCUUGCUGCUACAAACGCCCCUGCUGUCAGCCGCUAAUGGGAAAUAAUGGCUGCAGAGAAUCACCGCGGCGUGCUGGGCUCUCCGGGGACCGGGGUGAAGGUAUCGGGGUCACAUCUCCCCACAGCUCCUCACGUCCUCAGACAGAAACAUGCUGGAGAGGAAACAUCUGGAGGAAAACGAGAACCACAGAAAAGGGCGGGCAGAAAGAUCCCGACGAGGAGAAAGGCGAUGGGCUGAUCGACGGUCUCCACAGGGGUGGUGAAUCAGCGCGGCGUGACAUUUCACCACCAUCAUUAUCGUUCACGCUGAAAGCUGAUGGGGAGCUAUUUCCAAACCAUUGUGUCUUUACUGUCAAAAACCACGAAGGCUUCAAGGAGAGACGACAAGAAGAGCUCGAUUCUUGA